AUGGAUGUCGCCGGUCCAUCACGGAUGCCUCCCAAGGUAAAGAAAUCAAAUUGGUCCGAAGAUAAUAAGCUUCAAUUGGUUUACGAAAUCGAGAAACGAAAACGUAUAAUUAAGAACAAAUUUAACAACAACGCAGGGCGCAACGACCACACGCUGACACCGCUGGCUGAGGCUGUGCUGGCGGUCAUCGGUUCCACAAGCCCCAACCUUCUGGGUAUCGAAGGAGGCAUAGACACCGACGAGGCCAGCACAGCACCAGUCAGCGUGCAGCCAACCACUAACGAUGUGGUUGGAGAGGACCGAGUCCUCAGGUACGAAGUUGAAGUGGACCCCGGGGUCGCAUUCCUCGAGGUGCCGGAAUCCGAAGAAACCCUGGACUACGAGCCUCCGGACUGGCCGCUGGACGAGGAUGAGGCACCCGUGGAGCCUGGUGCAGCAGCUGCGCUGCUACGUCGGGAGGGGCCUCCUCCUGUGGCAGGGGGACCGCCUGAGGCAGCAGCUGCUGCUGAAGGGCAACCGGCACCACUGGGCCGGCGGGGACCAGCUCGUUCACGACCGGUCUGGAGGCCCGGCGCACCACCCGCAGACUCGGCAGCCAGCACACGGGCUGCAGACAAACAGUUUUAUAGGGACAUCUUGGAGCAACAACACGAGAACGUAAAAAAACUCUCGUUCAAGAUCGCUCAGGAAGAAGUGCUGGCAGCUGAAGCGGCGGCUCAAAACACCCACGAUGUGAGGGGAGGAGAACCAGCUGUGGCAACCAACGUUGCCAUACGUCAGGACUAA